AGGCAAUAGACUAGAGCGAAAAUCAGUUUUGGGUUGUUAAACUUUGCGACUCUCACUUGGUAGCCUAUCCGCCGGUGGAAAAUGGUGAGCGGAGAAGCACCAACCCAAAAGAGGAUCCUGCUCGCUUCACUAUCGGCGAUGGUCGCUGAGUCAGUUACGUUUCCGAUCGAUCUCACAAAGACCAGAAUGCAGCUCCAUGGCUAUGCUUCCGGAUCCGCUUCCGCUCACCGUGUCGGCGCUAUCGGAGUCGUCUCUGAGAUCAUGAGGCAGGAAGGGAUGAUGGGUCUCUACAAAGGUCUCUCUCCGGCGAUCAUAAGGCACCUGUUCUACACGCCGAUCAGAAUCAUCGGGUACGAGAAUCUGAAAGGGAUCUUAGUCAGAUCCGAAGCUAGUAAGGACGGCGAGUCUCUUCCUUUAGUCACAAAGGCUCUCCUCGGAGGGAUCUCUGGUGUUUUAGCUCAGGUAGUGGCUAGCCCUGCUGAUUUGGUGAAAGUGAGAAUGCAAGCAGAUGGUAGAUUGGUGAGCCAAGGUCUGAAACCGAGGUACUCUGGACCAGUCGAAGCUUUCGCUAGAAUCCUACAAUCGGAAGGAGUGAGAGGGUUAUGGAAAGGUGUUGUUCCGAACAUUCAGAGAGCGUUUCUAGUGAAUAUGGGUGAGCUAGCUUGCUACGAUCACGCCAAACACUUUGUGAUCGAGAGAAAGAUCUCGGGCGGGGAUAACAUUUACGCGCACACUCUUGCAUCUAUCAUGUCCGGUCUUGCUUCCACGACUCUGAGUUGUCCUGCUGAUGUGGUGAAGACGAGGAUGAUGAAUCAAGGGGAGAAAGGUGUGUACAGAAGUUCGUACGAUUGUUUGGUGAAGACGGUUAGGUUUGAAGGAGUAAGCGCUUUGUGGAAAGGCUUUUUGCCGACAUGGGGGAGGCUUGGACCAUGGCAGUUUGUGUUUUGGGUCUCUUACGAGAAGUUUAGACAGCUUGCUGGUCUCUCUUCCUUCUAGUAAAAGCUAAUUUUGAGGCUUUAGGGGGUUCUGAAAUAUCUUUUAAAAGUAACAUCUACUCUUACUUUCAAGUUUGAGUAAGAUUCAAUGGUUUCAAGUCUAGUUUUAAAAUAAAUUGGUUAAUUUCCUUGGGGUUUCGUAUCAGUUUUCAUCUUUUCCUAACUAAAUUGCUUAUGAAGUCAAAUUCAAGUACUUUUUUUCUAUUGAAAUUUGCAUAUAUUUAGUGCAAGAAUAUUGGUGUAUAUUAUUAAUUGAAAUGAAAUAUCAUUAAAUUUAUGA